GAAGUAAAAAUCAAAAGACAAUACGAUAGAUAAAUUUGGUUGACGUAUUUCACCAAUUUCACCAAUUUUCAUAUCAAUCAUGUCUGAUCGAAGGAGAAUAAAUGGUCCCCCUGGUGGAACAAAUCCACCAGUAUUUUUAAAGUAUCUUACCAAAGAUUCAAAGAAUCGUCCAGAACGACCUUCGAGGAACAGGCAACCCAAUGUUUUGAGGAAAAUCUUUUUAAAAACCGGUGUAACACCAUCAGCCUCAGGAUCUGCAUAUCUCGAACUUGAACCAUCUCAGCCCUCGAAUCAAUCUGCUCCAGGCCUUGCUUCCCUCUCUACAUCCGGUCUCAAGCUUGCAUGUACCGUCCAUGGCCCUCGACCAUUACCUAAAUCUGCCGCAUUUUCACCACAUAUGAUCCUACAGACGCAUGUCAAAUAUGCGCCGUUUGCAGCGCGAAGAAGACGCGGAUAUGUCAGAGACACAAGUGAAAGGGAUCUUGGAGUGCAUCUGGAAACCGCAUUGAGAGGUGUAAUCAUUGGUGAUAGAUGGCCUAAGAGUGGAGUGGAGAUAAAUAUUACGAUUCUUGAAGGGGAAGAGGACCAUUGGUGGGGUGAUGAUAAAUCUUUCGGUUCGUUGACUGCCGGUGGAUGGGGUAUGAUGAGUGUUCUCAGUGGCUGUAUCACUGUUGCUUCUGCAGCUAUUGCCGAUGCUGGAAUCGAUUGUGUUGAUGUUGUUUCUGGCGGAGUCGCCGCAUUAGUACGUUCACCGGCCACUCCAGAGCAGGAUGGUUCUACCGAAUUGGUUUUGGAUCCAGUACCAUCUGAACAUAAGGAGAUUCUAGCUGCAUGUAUUGUGGCAUAUCUUCCAGCUCGAGAUGAGAUCACAGACCUUUGGGUGAAAGGAGAUAUUAGCCACUCAACUGAGUCUAAUACUGAUGAUCCAUCUUAUGAAAAACUUACGGAGAAUGCGGUACAGGCAGCUUUGGGUGCACAUAGAGUUCUCAUCGGAGCUCUAAAGGAAACUGCAGAUAUCAAAUUCAGAAGAUGAAACUGUACUUUUAAUCGUUGCUCGUGUUUUUGAAAGUGGAGUUUUUGGGCGUUAGAAAAGAGAGUAAUGAUCAGUCAACAUUGGCUUAGGAUCAACAAGGCGUUAAAGGAAAUCUGGACCUUAUUGCAUAAAAGCGAGGAGUUUCUCGUGAUCUUUCGAAAGUCAGGCUUCGAUAUCUACAUUGAAUGAUUACAGAAUUGUCAUUGUUCAUUUUCAAACAUGGAUACACAUUCUUCUUGAUACACCCUUUCUACAGGAUUGAUUCUAUAUUGUAUGUUCCAACAUUUAAAUUGUCUGUUA